AUGCGCAGGGGUCGGGUAUAUGGGUUUGCUGUAUUGCUUCCUCUGUUUGCCCACGUUGCUGGGUUUCUUUUUUUUAGAAUAGAAUUGGGCCGGGUAGAGGGAAUUAAGAGUGGGCUGGUUGGGACGUUAUUGUUGGAAAUUAGAGUUGUUGAAGUCAACGUGGGCUGGGAAAUUGGAAAUGGGAAUUCUUGGUGGGCUGGAACCAAUGAGAAAAUCAAAUCUUUGGAGGAAGAUAUUAGAGUUGUUGUUAGUGAGGCAGAGGAUGUUGUUGAAAUGAAGAUUUCUGAAAUCAUCAAAGAAGAAAGCUGGACAUUUGGAAUUUUACAACACCAUGAUAUGCUACCAGUUGUUGAAAAAAUGGAUACGACAAAGAAACAAGUGAUGGAGAUUCUUUCUCAUGAUGCUGAUCAAAUUCUUGAAUUAACCGCGGAUUCCUUGAUUGGCGCUUCUUCUAUGAGUGAUCCAACGCUGUCAGAUCACUUGAAAGAUGAUAUCGUGCAGGGACUUGAUGGUGACUUGGAGAUAAUAGAUAAAAGAUUGAGAGGACCAACGUCGUAUCUAGACAUUGUCACCAUAACGGGUAUGGGUGGCAUUGGCAAAACAACACUCGCUAAAAAAGCUUAUGAUCAUCUUCCAAUCAGGUAUCACUUUGACAUUUUUGUUUGGGUUACAAUAUCUCAAGAAUUUCUAUAUAAAAAUGUAUUGUUAGACGCUUUACAUUGCAUUUCAAAGCAAAGAGUUAAUGUGAACACAAAAGAUUAUGAUAACAUGAAUGACAGUGAGUUAGCUGACGUGGUGAAAAAGAGUCUAAACGGUCCAAGAUACCUUGUUGUUGUUGAUGAUAUUUGGAGUACGGAUGAUUGGGAUAGCAUAUCACAAAUAUUUCCUAAUCGCAACAAUGGGAGUCGAGUCUUAUUGACUACUAGGGAAACUGAUGUAGCAAUAUAUGCAAAUUCUAGUAUCCCUCAUAAGAUGAACCUCUUGGAUUUAGAUAAUAGUUGGAAGUUACUCUGUGAUAAGGCGUUUGGACUAGAACACGAUCAUCCUCCCAAGUUGGAAGAAAUUGGAAAAAAAAUAGCAGAAAAAUGCCAAGGACUUCCCUUAAUAAUUUCAGUGAUUGCAGGGCAUCUCUCUAAAACGGUGCCCAAGAAAUUAGAAAGUUGGAAUUAUGUUGCCAAAACAUUAAGUGAAAUCAUUGCUAGUCAUUCAAAUAAAUGCUUAGGAGUGCUCGGUUUGAGUUACCAUCACUUGCCUAAUCGACUCAAACCGUGCUUUCUUUCUAUGGGUGAUUUCCCAGAGGAUUUUCAAGUUGAAACUUGGAGAUUGAUCCAAUUAUGGAUCGCAGAAGGUUUCAUAAGGACGUCUUCUGGACGUCAUGAAAGCUUGGAAGAAGUGGCAAAACAUUAUUUGGAGGAUCUUAUCAGCAGGAACUUGAUAAUGGCUAGAAAAAAAAGAUUCAAUGGUGAGGUAAAAGUAUGCGGAAUACAUGAUCUGCUGCGUGAGUUCUGUUUGAUAGAAGCUGAAAUGACAAAGUUUAUGCAUGUUGUGAGAACUCCAUUUGCACCAGUACAAAAGCCUAAUUUUCGUCGCUUCAGUAUUCAAAAGCCUAUUAAGGAUGGUCUUAAGCUCUCACCCCCUGUAGCCAGAUCUAUCUACUGCUUUUCUUACUUGGAUCUACCUUUUGAAACCCAUAUUAAGCUUCUCCCUAUAUUGCCCAUCUACCGUCAUAAUCCUAUAAUACAUGGAUUUUUCUCUUGUUUCAACCAUCUCAGGCUUAUACUGCUGUAA